AUGCCAACUCCGAGUCUUAACAUUUCUGUCGACGCUGCGUGUGUUCUUUACCUUUGGAAACUGCACACCUUCCGCGAGUAUAAUGUUAGUAAAAUUGAGGAGUUGGCAGAUCUGUUGACGGAGCAUCCAACCUUGGGUUUAAAGCCUCCAGAAAAUGUGUCUAUCCACGAGACCGUUAUGUGGCCUAAAGAUCCGGCAUUCGAAGGCAGUAAAAAGUUGGGGUUAAUGGUGCUUGCUGGUGCCUUCGCCAUGGACUUUGUAAUUACGGUGUCUAUCAUUUCAAAUCUCGUAAAGUUUCUGGUACCCUGCUUACGCUUCUGCUGGCAACCAACACAAUUCCCCACUGAACCACCCUCAAACAGAAGUAAGUAG